UUGAUUUAAGCUAGCUCCGUUCAUUCCGAUCUUCAACAGAUCUUUUCUUCUAGACUUUUUUUUUCUCAAACAAUAUAUAUAUAUAUAUUUUUCUUCUUUUAUAAACUAAAACGACUGACUGGACCAAGCUUGCCCGUCGACUUGGACUUCCAGCGGUGUCACCGGAGUUGUUCUUCGAGCUUCCUACUAACUCGCCGAUCAACAAGAAACGUGAGUAUGGCUUCUUGCAAUUCCUGCUCCCUCCUCCUUGAGAGGCUUUCCCUGCUGGAGGAACGUGUCCGCCAACUAGAGCAGAGUAAUUUCGUAACGAUAGAUGUGGCGGGCACACCGGAUAGCGUAGGUUGUAGCCAACCUACUAGUCUGGUUAGCAUUAGCCCUAAGCGGCCGGCUAACCGCGGUGAGCCAAUUCAGACGCAUAACAGUUACACUCCCUUAGAAAGCCCCACUAUGUCACAGUCUACUGGCUCCCGCACAUUAGUUAUAGGUGACUCCAUCACCCGUAACAUUAAGCUCAAGAACCCAGCCACCGUAAUGUGUAUUCCUGGGGCCAGAGCACCCGAUAUUGAAGCUAGCCUUAGGGAGCUGACUCGCAACAGGUCCAAACACCAACAUAAAGCAAAUAACACUAGUUUCUCUGAUAUAGUGAUACACGUCGGCUCCAAUGACACUAUGAUGAGGCAAUCAGAGAUUACAAAAAGGAACAUAGCAAGGACUUGUAAUCUCGCCAGAAAGAUGUGUCGGCAUCGAGUAGUUGUCUCUGGUCCCUUGCCUGCGAGAGGCAAUGAUGAGAGGUUUAGUAGAUUAUUCUCGCUAAACCGGUGGCUGGCUGGCUUCUGUAAUGAACAGGGAUUUCAGUUUGUAGAUAACUGGCCUUCCUUCUGGAGGAACCCCCGACUGUUUGGUAGAGAUGGCCUUCACCCUAAUAGGGAAGGUGCUCUUACCCUUUCCAGAAAUAUAGAUUACUGUUUAAGUCCCACAUGACUUCCUGCACUAGAACAAGCCGGGGGACAGGUGAUUAGCGAGCCUGUUAGAACGGGUGUGGAGUCUGUAAGGUUAUGGUUAACUGGCGCUAUGCCGGACUUGAACAAUACACAUUGCCCUUUCUGUAGAAUAAAGCAACAUACUAUGCAUACAGAUUCACAACCCAUAAAUGCACCACAGUCUGUCUUGCCUUCUACUGAGGUAGGGCCUCGUGAUAAACUUGAACCUCCCUCUUGUACUAGUGAUGAUUCAACAAACAACUAUCAGACCCCUAUGGUCUUGACUUCUUAUCGUGUGUACAACAAGUCAAAAUAUGGCAUGGGUUCUAGACGGAGCAAUCUUGUUAAUAUUACUACUAUCAAUUCUUUGGGAGUGAACAGCCUCAGUCAGCCAACCUUUACGAAAAUUGGUCUUAUGAAUAUUAGAUCGCUCUCCUCAAAGGCUGUGCUCAUUAAUGAUCUGAUAAGAGAUCAUAAUCUCAACAUAAUGGGUCUUUGCGAGACCUGGUUAAAACCAAACGAAUUUAUAUCCCUUAAUGAGGCGUCUCCACCUAAUUUUUUGAGUUCUCAGGUCUCACGUCCUAAUAGGAAAGGUGGGGGUGUUGCUCUCAUCCAUGAAUCUGCUCUUAACCUCAGCACUUGGUCAAAAUCUGAAAUUAAAACUUUUGAGGUCCUCGUUUUGCGAUCGACCGCAUCAUUACCAUUUUAUCUAGCACUUCUCUAUCGUCCUCCUGGUCCGUACUCGGGCUUCUUGGAUGAAUUUUCUGAAUUUAUUGCAGACCUGGUAACCCACGCAGACAAUAUUGUACUCAUGGGUGAUUUCAAUAUCCAUGUCAAUUCUCCUGAAGAGUCCCUUAGUGUGGCUUUUCAGACAAUAAUCGAUACCUUUGAUUUUGUUCAAUUAAUUAAUGAGCCAACCCAUAUCAGUGGUAAUACCCUGGAUCUGGUUUUAAUUCGAGGUAUUAGGACCUCCAACGUAACAGUCCUCCCUUACGUAACCACUGUGUCUGACCAUUAUUUUAUAACAUUUGAAAUCUUGACCCAAUCCCACCGCUUGGACCGGAACCAGUGCUCUAGCAGUCGUAAUAUUAGUUCUUCGACUGCUACUGCACUUGCUGAGUUACUGCCCUCAGUGGUAUCCUCUUUCCCUUCCUAUAAGGGUCCUAUAGACAACCUUACAAAUGAUUUCAACAAGGUGUUAUGUAAAGCUCUUGAUACUGUUGCACCUUUGAGAUUUAAGUGUCAUGUCAAAAGACUUACUCCUUGGUUUACAGCUGAAACUCGAAGGCUGAAACAAUUUUGUCGGAGAUUGGAGCGCAGAUGGCGUGCAACUAAACUUGAGGUCUUCCGACAGGCAUGGGGGGAUAGUCUGACUAAAUAUAAACAGGCUCUUGUUGCGGCAAAAAACAACUAUUUCUCUAGACUAAUUGACCUCCAUAAAAAUAACCCUAAAUACUUAUUCGACACAGUGGCACUGCUAACCCAGAAGAGGACCUCUCCUAGUAGUUCCCCCUUCUCAGCCGAUGAGUUCUUGCGAUUCUUCGCAAAUAAAGUUGAGCUCAUCAGGAAGGAAAUAAAGUACUCCCUACCGCCAGACGGGCUUAACAUGUCAACCGCCAUGAUCGCUGCUGGGACUACUUCCAGCCUCUGUCCCACUAGUUUCUCCUACUUUGAGGAAGUAUCUCUGGACGAGCUUACAAAACUUGUCAGUACAGCAAAGCAGACAACAUGUCUGCUUGACCCGCUUCCUGGGAAACUUGUUAAAGAACUGUUCCCAAUUCUAGCCCCCUCACUCUUAAAUAUAUUUAAUCUAUCACUCUCAUCUGGCACUGUGCCUGCAGCUUUCAAGACUGCAGUGAUUCGACCCCUGCUGAAGAAACCAACCCUCGACCCCGGGAGUAUUUCCCACUAUAGGCCGGUGUCUAACCUCCCAUUUCUGUCCAAGAUCCUUGAAAGAAUUGUAGCACAACAGCUCAAUGACCACAUGGCUUUGGGUGAUCUCUUUGAACCUUUUCAGUCUGGUUUCAGGAGAAACCAUUCCACUGAAUCAGCCCUUGCAAAAGUGACGAAUGAUCUUCUUCUUUCUAUGGACUGUGACACAUCUACAAUAUUGUUAUUACUUGAUCUCAGUGCUGCUUUCGACACUGUCAAUCACUCUAUCCUACUGGAACGCCUUCAAACAUAUAUUGGUGUUACUGGUCCGGUACUCUCUUGGUUUAGAUCCUACCUUAAGGAUCGGACGCAUCGUGUCGUUUGUGAUGAUAUGACUUCAGAGUUCUGUGGUGUCACUUGUGGAGUUCCACAAGGUUCAGUGCUCGGCCCUCUUUUGUUUAACAUUUACAUGUUGCCGCUUGGCGACAUCAUUCGCAAACAUAAGAUUAGCUUUCACUCUUAUGCUGAUGACACUCAGCUAUAUGUCCCACUAAAGUUAACUGACCCGCGGGACUGCUCUAAUUUGGAGGCUUGCCUCAUUGAUAUUAAACAUUGGAUGUCCUGUAACUUUUUACUCCUGAACUCUGAUAAAACUGAGAUGGUGAUCAUCGGCCCUGCUAAACAGAGCCGCCUGUUUAAGGACACCACUCUGAGUUUUGAUAAUAGCAUAAUUUCCCAAAGUGACUCUGUGAAAAAUCUGGGUGUGAUAUUGGACCCGACUCUAUCCUUUCAUAAACACAUUAAGAAUGUUACUAAAAUAGCAUUUUUUCAUCUUCGCAAUAUUGCGAAGAUACGACCUAUUCUAUCCACCUCUGAUGCAGAGACCCUAGUCCAUGCAUUUGUCACGUCUCGCCUUGACUACUGUAAUGUACUGCUUUCUGGUCUUCCAAUGGCGAGUCUCAAAAGCUUGCAGUUAGUACAAAAUGCUGCAGCGCGACUUCUUACAAGGACACGUAAGUGUGACCAUAUUUCACCAAUACUAGCCAACCUGCACUGGCUCCCAGUUCAUUUAAGAUGUGACUUUAAGGUACUGCUUCUGGUUUACAAAAUAUGACAUGGGUUGGCACCUUUUUAUCUGGUUGACCUAAUUGUACCCUAUGCUCCGUCUAGAAACCUACGCUCACAACACGCCGGUCUUUUGACUAUCCCGAGAGCCAGAAAGAAGUAUGCGGGCUCUAGAGCCUUUUCCAUUCGGGCCCCAACGUUGUGGAAUGAUCUACCUGUUAAUAUUAGAGCUGCUACCUCAGUAGAAAUGUUCAAGUCCCGACUUAAGACUCAUUUCUAUACUUUAGCGUUUAGUUAAAAAUAUUCCCUGCCUGUUUUGACUGCCGCUCCUUCUCUCUCCCAUACCGCCCCCCCCGGCUGAGGGGGGGGGGGUCCAGGAGAGGCUGUUUUGGAAGUUUGCCUUGACGAAACUGGACAUCGGACGUGGCCUACCUUGGAGGCGCUGCAGCAGAGGGAUAGUGAUCAUCUCAAGACCCGUGGCUGCCCAACUGUCCUAAUGGCAUCACAUCUUGGACCUGGACUAUUAUACUCUAUGUUUAUAUUUAACUGUCACAUGUAAACCUCUCCACAUCCAUUGCAGCCUGGUCAUCCUAGAAGGGGGAUUCCCCCAUCUGCGGUCCCUUCUCAAGGUUUCUUUUUCCCUAAUGGGUUUUGAGUUUUUCCUUGCCCUGAUGGGGGUUCAGAUCAGGGGAUGUCGUUUGUCGUCUAUUGUCUGUCUUCUUCUGUUGCCUGCUUGUUAAGCCCUUUGAGGCUCUUUUGUGAUUAAGGGCUAUAUAAAUAAACUUGACUUGA